AUGGCGAAGACCGACCUUGGCGCGCGGAAGGAGGCUGUUACGCUUCCUCCGCUCAGACCUCCCAAACCGAACCUCAAGUCGAGCUUCAGAAAGGGCCCUCAGUACUUCGCCAGCAAUAUGUGCUGGCAUCAACACGGGCACAACUUGGGAAUCUUGCUGAAGCACCUCAGCUGCAACAUCAAAGAAGAAUACCAUCGUUUCAACAUGGCUGACACCAAGUCCAUUAACGGCAGCGAGGCGGCUCCUGCCGCUGGUCGUGUCGGUGCUUGGACCGAUGCUGAGCGCUUCCAGCUUGUCCUCCGCGUGCUUGCAACUGUGCUCCCCGAUGGAAAGGGAGUUGAUUGGAAGAACGUCAAUAUGGAGGGCCGUACCCUGAAGGCCCUGCAGGGCCAGUGGACUGCCAUCAUCGCCCAGAUGCGUGAGAUCAACACUGGCGAGAAUGGAGAGGCCGCUGCCCCGAAGCAGAAGACCCCCCGUAAGACUGCCACCAAGAAGAAGGCUGCCGCCGCUGCGGAGGAUGGUGAAGAGGCCAACGGUGACCAGGAGGGUAGCGAGGAGACCAAGGCGGUCACCCCGAAGAAGCGCGCUGCUGCGACCAACGCUGAUGGCACUCCGAAGAAGCGUCGUACCCCUGCCAAGAAGGCGGCCCAGUCCAAGGCCCAGGCCCAGGCCGAGGAGGCCCAGGAGACCGAGGCUGAGGCUAAGGUUGAAGCUGAAUCCGAGACCCAGGUCGUGACCAAGGAUGAGAAGGAUGGCGAGCAGUAG